GGAGAAUCUCUUAUUUUCUCAGAAAGAAGAUCGAUCGUUUCUGCGUGCAAGCUAAGUCGCUGAGAGAGAGAGAUGAGAGGGACCUCGGAAUGUGGUCUUUCAUGGCGGCGUCUGGUACUUUACGCCUCAAUCUUUCUGCAGUUCGUCUUAGGUCUUUCCAAUGACACAAAGAGUUCGAGUACUGGAGCAAAGGCUGAACCCCACGCUUCUUCCAGCAAAACAGGCACAAAGGUGGCCCUCGUAGUGAUCGGAAUCGUGACUGUAGUGUUGUUCUCGUUCUUCCUGUAUAAGCUUUGGCAGAAGAAGAAAAGAGACGAACAGUAUGCUCGGCUUUUAAAGUUGUUCGAAGAGGAUGAUGAGCUGGAGGUUGAAUUAGGCCUCCGUGAUUGAGAACCUGUAUCUGUAACCUUCCAAGCGACAAUGCCUGAGGUGGGAUGGGGUUUGAAGAGAUCGUGAUUUGGAUCAUAUAAUAUCUUUGUAUACUUUUGAUGAUAUAAAUGAUGGGUGGGUAAAUGAUAUGCAGCUGUGACUGUGGGAUGAUGAUUCUCAACAAUUAUUCUUUCCAAAGAUUACCAAACCCUGAAACUUGGAAAUUAGGGUUUAGGGGAUACUCCCCAAUUCUUGUGACCAAAGUACGCAUAGAUAUAUUUUUUUCUCUCUCUCGAUUGUAAAAAUUCUGUGUGAUUAUUUUUCUUUCGAACGUCUUGAUAUAUAGUUUUUGGUUUAGUUC